GCCGGCGGCGGGAGGUGGGAAGUGCCGAGAGGCGCCGGCCACGGCAUGGCCCGGCGCGGCAUGGCCCGCCAUAGUGGCGCGGAGGGGAGCGGCGCUGCCAGGUAGGGGUUUUCCAGCUGCGGCCAGUCCCUGGCGAACGGCCGCCGUCGUGACCUUGCACCCGGCGGCCUGGCGCGGCACGGCACGGCACGGCACGGCACGGGCUGUAAUUGGAUUACAAGAUGGCGAGAACCAGCCACAGCAACUACGUCCUUCAGCAGCUGAACAACCAAAGAGAGUGGGGCUUUCUCUGCGACUGUUGUAUUGCUAUCGAUGAUAUUUAUUUUCAAGCACACAAAGCAGUCCUGGCUGCAUGCAGCUCUUAUUUUAGGAUGUUUUUUAUGAACCAUCAACACACUACAGCCCAGCUGAAUCUAAGCAACAUGAAGAUUAGCGCUGAGUGCUUUGAUCUUAUUUUACAGUUCAUGUAUUUGGGAAAAAUCAUGACAGCCCCUGCCAAUUUUGAGCAAUUUAAAGUGGCCAUGAACUAUUUACAGCUGUAUAAUGUACCUGAAUGUCUAGAAGACAUACAGGAUACAGACUCAUCCAGCUUAAAAUGUUCAUCUUCUGCUUCUAGCACCCAGACUAGUAAAAUGAUAUUUGGUGUAAGGAUGUAUGAAGACGCGCUUGCUAGAAAUGGCAGCGAAACAAACAGGUGGGGCAUGGAGCCGCCAAGUUCGACAGUAAAUACAUCCCAUAACAAAGAGCCUGACGAAGAAGCUUUGCAGCUAAGCAGCUUCCCUGAGCAACUGUUUGAUGUCUGUAAAAAAACCACCACGUCCAAGUUCUCUCACACAAAGGAGCGUGUGUCUCACUCGCGCCGUUUUGGAAGAAGCUUCACCUGCGACAGCUGUGGGUUUAGUUUUAGCUGUGAAAAGCUACUGGAUGAGCAUGUGUUAACGUGCACUAACAGGCAUUCCUACCAAAGUGCCAGGUACUACAGCACUGAAAAAGUAGACUUUAAUGAGAAGGACUCCACUUCUAAAAUAAUCUCCACACAAACAGAAAAAUACAAGGGAGACUCGAGCCAAGCUGUGGACAAUUCUUCAUCUCCGGUGUCAAACAUCACAAGCAGAAAAAGCAGCACAGUUGCCUCUGAGGUAUCAGGUGAAGAGGGAAGUAGAACAUCUGAGAGGAAGAGGAUGGUCAUUAAGGUGGAACCAGAGGACAAUCCUGUAGAUGAGCUGAAGGAUUUUAAUAUUAUUAAGGUGACAGAUAAAGACUGCAAUGAGUCAUCUGACAACGAUGACCUAGAUGAUGAACAGGAAGAGCCACUUUACAGAUACUACGUUGAGGAAGAGAUCCGAGAGAAGAGAAAUGCUCGGAAGACUUUAAAACCCCGUUUGUCCAUGGAUGAGGAGGAAAGGAAGUGCUUGAAAAGUCCGCGGCACCUCAACAGGAAGGCUCCUUCAGUGCAGGAGGACGUGGAGAACGCUCCCUGUGAACUUUGUGGGCUAACGAUCACCGAGGAAGAUCUCUCCUCUCAUUAUUUAUCCAAACACAUAGAAAAUAUAUGUGCCUGUGGCAAGUGCGGUCAGAUACUGGUCAAAGGCAAGCAGCUGCAGGAUCAUGCGCAGACCUGUGGAGAACCCCAGGAUCUGACCAUGAACGGUAUCAGAAAUUCUGAGGAGAAAAUGGACUUGGAAGAAAACCCCGAGGAGCAGUCGGAAAUAAGGGACAUGAUGUUUGCAGAGAUGCUGGAGGAUUUCAGGGAUGGUCACUUCCAAAUGAAUAGCCUUCAAAAAAAACAGUUAUACAAGCAUUCUGCCUGUCCUUUCCGAUGCCCUAAUUGCGGUCAGCGUUUCGAAACCGAAAACCUAGUGGUUGAACAUAUGUCAAACUGCCUGGAGCAAGAUCUGUUCAAGAACUCCAUGAUGGAAGAGAACGAGAGGGAUCACAGACGUAAGCAUUUCUGCAAUCUUUGUGGGAAAGGAUUUUACCAGCGUUGCCACUUGCGGGAACACUAUACUGUUCAUACCAAGGAAAAACAGUUUGUUUGUCAGACAUGUGGGAAGCAGUUCUUAAGAGAGCGCCAGUUGCGGCUCCACAAUGAUAUGCACAAAGGCAUGGCCAGUAGUGAAAUAGGGACUUCUAAGCUUCUGAACAACUGAGAGAACCAGGUUUGAAGAAGACAUGAGGAAGAACUGAUCGGCAAAAGAUUUCAUAACCACGUGUGCCAGAUCUGAAUCGGCACCACCUUUGCUUUAUUGACAUACUGCAGCAGUCGCAAAAGGCACCAAAGCAGGCAUGUUAGAACAUGCAGUAAAAGUUGGUUUGGACUCUUCUCUGUGUUAUAAAACUUAACUUCCUCGUGCCUAUUAUUUACACUUGUUAAAAAACAAAUUCAAAGACUCUUUUCCACGGAGCAGACAGACAAAAGAGGCAGAUGCCAGGUAUUAAAUGCUGCACUGAAAUGAGUUUGCAGAAGUUGCUAUUUAUGUGCUGGAGUGGCUCCUUUGCCAAAAAUGAGGCCUUUUAGAGUUUCUGUCAAAAACUGUUUAGACCUUUUAGUUCAAGCACUAGAAGUGUACACGUGUGAACUAAAAAAUGCAUUUGCAGACAGCUACAAUGCUAAACCUAUCAACUCUAAAAAGAGAAAAGAAAAUUAAUCUGCAGUACAGAUCUUAAAACCUGAGGACAAAGGGUCCCUGAGAAAAGACAGAAUGGUGAGAAAGAUCCAGCUGACCUGAUAUCCCAGGCUGCCAUGAUCGUCAUUUGCAAGCUGAAGAGGACCUUCCAUGGAGCAUAGUGCUUGUAUGUGGAGAGCAAAGAAAUGGUGCUCUGGUCUUACAGCAAGAUUGGUGAAAAUUUCUUACUAACAAGGAGAUGAGUAAAUAUGAAAAAAAACCCAAAAGCUUCACAGGGCACAGGGUGCACCUUGUUCUGGAUGAAGUUUUGCAACAGCUGGCUUGAGAAUCAGGCAUUCAUGUUAAUCUUUGAGCAUUUUAGCAAUCCUAAUGUUUCCAGACAAAUUAAUGGAGACACCCCCCCCCCCCAGCCUAACCAAAACCCCUUAAAAGCAGUAAAUGUUUCAAAUUAGGGCCAACAUGGAUUGAAAAACAAAACAUAGCAUUCUUCUGCUUCCCUUAGAUAACAGCAGAUUACAUUGAGCCAUGUUGUCAGACUGAACAUGCUGAUCAAUAUUCUGCUGUUGUUACCCAUCUUACUAAUUCUACUCAUGACUACAAGAGGAUAUUUCAUUGUUCAGUAUAACUGUUAUCUCAAAAAGAGUCUGUCUAUAAUUUGAUUUAUAAUUGGCAUAAUUUUCAUUACUGUUGUUACAAAGUGUAUAAAAUAUUGUCUGUAUUGCAGCUUGUAUAGGGCAUGUAUCUGUGCUUGCUUUACUGAGUUUAUAAAGUUGAUACACAAAUGCAAGAAAAUAUGUUCAGGUAUCUUUGAAUGUGGUUGCUUAGUCUAGAAUAUAGCCCCAAACAUUUCAGCAUAUAGAUGUUGAAGGUAUCAGCUCUAUUAACACAUAACACCUUAAACAUUAAUACAGGUAUUUUAAAAGCUCUCAGUGCAUUAGUGAAAUCAAAUUUCUGUCCCAGUGGCUGUGCUGGACCAGAGGAGAAGACAGUGAAUAUCUGGGCAAAGCCAGAUACCACUGGGGAAUCUGCAGGGAGAAGGCACAGUAUAUUGGGAAAUCCAGUAGGAAAUGGGAUGUCCUGUCUGUAAAAAACAGGAAGGACUUCAUGGUAGGACUAUGGUGGAGGAGAGAAGAGAAAUCUGUUUAGAUGGAGGAGAGAAGAAAUCUGUUUAUAGCCAUCAUCUAAAGAUAGGCCUUCAAUAGUAUACUGGACAUAGGAGAUUUAGAACAGGCUGCAACUGUUCUGUAACUUAGCAAUUAUUGAUAGUUUAUGUAGAGUAUCACUGAAGACAUUCCAGGUUAGUUUUCAUCUUCUUUAAAGCUUACUCUGUGCUUUGAUACACUAUCUUUAAUAAAAUAUUCUUAUAAAUCUGCUUAUUAUUCUCAUUUAAUUCCAUCAUACCUGAGUUAAUAACAGUCCUGGCAACAGAGUGAAGUUAUAGUUACCACCUGCUUCAUCUGCUCCUGUGUUUUUCCCAUUCAUCUGUUAAAAAGACAAGAGGAAAACUGAGAUGAGUAAAAGUCAAACAAUCCUACGAAUGAGAAAAUAAGAAAAUAUUGCUACAGAUCAGUUAUAAAACUUCUUCACAAUAAACAUUUAAGUGAAUCAGAGAGAGCACUCAUAUUAAUCUCUGAGUAUGAAGUAUUGGUGUUGGUCUGCAUUUACAGUGCACAAUUUCCCAUAUUUAAGACAUUCUCCAGCUUUACAGUUGCUGCCAAUAAUUACAGUGUAUUGUUUAACCUCAUUCACAGCACUUCUAGACAAAAUUCUCUGCUUUCAUUUAUUCACACCCUUGGACCAUAUAGAUCCUUUUAGUAUCUUCAAAUAAGACCAAGCAGAAUUCAACUUCAAGUAUACUAGAAGAUCAGAAUGCAAAAUAAUCCUGGCAAGGUGCAGACAUUAUCCAAAAACGUAAGAGAAUAUUUAACAGAAACAAGUGCAAGCUGGAGUCAUUAGAUGGGCAAGUAAAGAACAGCUGCUUCAUUUCCACUGAAAAGAAUCAGUGUGUUAUUUUGGAUCAAACUCUGCCAAUGAAUCUGCAACAUGGUGCUGUCACAAAUAAAGGUGAAACCUGAAAUGUCUAAA